AUGAGUAAAUGGCCUGCCAUUGUCAGGGUGACCCAAAGGGUGUUGGAUCCGAGUGCGCAGUGUGGCCCGUUGGUGGUCACAGCCGUGCCGUCGCCGCCCGCCCUACGCCCGCCCACGGACACCCCCUACCUCGUCCGAUCGAAAAAUGGGAUUAAGUGCCGCGUAGGGAUAGUAAACAAGCCGUUUGUCUUUGGGGUUUCAAUGGGCGCACAUAAUUCGUCCGAGCGUAUAGUAAUGACUAGAGCGGCGUGUCGCACGGAACGUACCGACGAAUACAACCGCGAAAUGGCUCAGCGAGUCACGAAGGCCGACGCGGACGGUUGUCAUGCGACCAGAAACCAUACACUUGAUAUCACCCCCAAAUUGAAGGGACAGAGCAAACGUUUAAUCACGAGCUGGCUGACACUUGACUGCUAUUUAGCUCCCGGAGAUUGCAUGCUGGCCGUGAGGAUGAUGGUCUGCCGU